AUGGCGAUGUUAUUGGAAGACAUAGUGCAGUCGGUGGAGAUGUGGUUGAAGCUGAUAAGGAAACCUCAACCUUACGUUGACCCGGACCUCGACCCGGUUUUAUUAGUUCCGGGAAUUGCUGGGUCAAUUUUGAAUGCCGUGGAUGGUCAGAAUGGGCAAGAAGAGCGGAUUUGGGUUCGGAUUCUCGGUGCCGAUUAUAAGUUUCGGACCAAGCUGUGGUCUCGCUUUGAUCCUUCUACUGGUAGAACCGUGUCCUUAGAUCCAAGCACAAGUAUUACAGUUCCUGAAGAAAGAUAUGGACUUCAUGCCAUCGAUGUCUUGGACCCUGACAUGAUCAUUGGACGUGAGUGUGUUUAUUAUUUCCAUGAUAUGAUUCUUGAAAUGAUCAAGUGGGGUUUUCAAGAAGGGAAAACCCUUUUUGGCUUUGGUUAUGACUUUCGGCAAAGUAACAGAUUGCAAGAAACAUUAGAUCGUUUGGCAGCAAAAUUGGAGUCAGUGUACAAAGCUUCUGGAGGGAAAAAGAUAAACAUCAUAAGUCAUUCUAUGGGGGGCCUUCUGAUAAAAUGUUUCAUGGGCCUUCACAGUGAUAUUUUUGAGAAAUAUGUGAAGAAUUGGAUUGCAAUUGCCACACCUUUUCGCGGUGCACCUGGGUAUAUUGCUUCUACCUUUCUAAAUGGAAUGUCAUUUGUUGAUGGGUGGGAACAGAACUUUUUCAUUUCAAAGUGGAGCAUGCAUCAAUUGCUGAUUGAGUGCCCGUCGAUAUAUGAGUUAAUGGCUUGUCCGCAUUUCCACUGGCAACAUAUUCCACUUCUUGAGAUCUGGAGGGAGAAACAAGAUUGUGAUGGUGACCCUCGGAUUAUUCUAGAGUCCUAUCGCCCAGGAGAAAGCAUUGAUAUUUUUAAGGAAGCUCUUUCAGGCAAUUUGGUCGAUUAUGAUGGGGAGAUUAUUCCAUUACCUUUCAAUUUGGAGAUCUUGAAAUGGGCUAAAGAGACACAGAAGGUGUUGUCUCAUGCUAAGGUUCCUUCUGGAGUUAAAUUCUACAAUAUAUAUGGGAUCAAUCUUGAGACACCACACAGCAUUUGCUAUGGCAGUGAGGAGACACCUGUCACAGAUCUACAAGAUUUACGGUUUUUUCAGCCCACAUAUGUAUGUGUCGAUGGUGAUGGAACAGUUCCAACAGAAUCAGCUAAGGCUGAUGGACUCCAUGCUGAAGCAAGGGUUGGAGUCCCUGGUGAGCAUCGGGGAAUUCUUUGUGAACCUCAUGUAUUUCGAAUUCUCAAGCACUGGUUGAAGGCAGGUGACCCAGACCCGUUCUACAACCCAAUAAAUGAUUAUGUGAUUUUACCAACAGCAUUUGAAAUGGAAAGUCACCAAGAGAAAGGCUUACAAGUUACAUCAUUCAAAGAGGAAUGGGAAAUUGUUUCUGAAGAUCAAGACAAUCUUGACGAUGUGGCUGGUAGGAAGCCAUUUGUUAGCUCGAUAUCUGUUUCACAAGGGGGAAAUCAGCAAUCUGCAAGGUCUGAGGCUCAUGCAACUGUUAUUGUUCAUCCGCAGAAUGAGGGUAAGCAACACAUUGAACUAAAUGCCAUAAGUGUGUCCGUUGAUGCUUAGAAUUGAAUUAUUGAACUCAAUGAAAGGGCCAAGUAAAGUCUUGUUCUGUGUAUCUUGUAUAUUAAGAGCUAAUGACUUUGAACUUGAACCAUGGUAUAAAUGCACUUGUACAUAGCUAUGGUAGAAAAUAAUGUAAUAAGCAGUGAUAAAUUGUUCAACUUUUGUAUGGUGGUAUCGGAGCAAUGGUGUUAGAAAUAGUUUGCAAUGCCAAAGUGGAGCCCUGUAUGUCUGAAGUGAAGGGCAAAAAUGUGGAAAACUGUGGUUUUUGGAACAACUUAAAUUAAAUAUGUUGGAAUUUGCUUCGAUCAUA